AUGGCAGUGGUGAGCGCGGAAAUGGCAGUGGCUGAUGGGCCAAAAGAUUCUGGACCAGGCUCUUAUUUGCCCCGGAUAGAUCAGUUUUAUAUUCCAGAAUGGCUCACAAUGCAGUUUGUGCUGAACAACAUGAUCAGCUUCACACCGCUGCUGUCGUAUGGAACCACUGUUCUGAGCAUAAGAAAGUCCAAAACAGCGCUGGGUUUUUCUAUAGACAUCUGUGCUACUAUGCUUUUGGCCAGCAUUCUGCGUAUUUCAUACUAUCUCAUUACGCCCUACGACGUGGUGCUGCUGCGACAGUCUUUGGUGAUGAUAGUCAUCCAGCUGAUAUUACUACGAACCAGUCUUCAUUACAGACCUGAAGAAUACAAAUACGAUAAAUUGACCCCCGUCGAGCCCUUCACACAACUAUUCCACGACGUUUGGGUCGACUAUUUCCCGCUUCACUCUUUUGGAGCCGAUUGGAAACAUCUUUUGAAAUCUCUGUCGUUGAAGGGUUUUCUUCAAUUUGCAUACAAGUUGUGUCUGGUCGUGGUGUACAAGUUUUUGAAGUUUUUCGAUCCCAGUUACCGCCGUUACGGAUCGUUUUGGCAAUGGAAUCGUGAGAUCAACUUUUGGAUGUUCCUACUGUAUUUCUCCACUGCGCAGCUAACAGUAACGCUUUUCGUUGCCAAAUUAAUGCAUUGGACAUCGCUGGCACAGACCAUAGGAUCUGCCAUUGGAUCACUGGGCCUUUUCAUCGAGUCGUUAUUGCCUUUGCCUCAAAUCUCUAUUUUGAACAAACUGAAAUCCGUGCAAGGCUUCAAACUGAUUCUGCUCGUUAGCUGGCUGUGCGGUGAUGUUAUGAAAAUUGGAUACCUGGUAUUUGGGGCGAACAACAUUUCCUCGCUUUUCCUAUUUUUUGCCUUGUUCCAGAUGUCUCUGGAUUUUUACAUUGCCGGACAGUACGUCUACUACCGGUUCUACUCUCCCAAUAACGCAGAAGACGAAAGUACCCAUGAGUCAAUCGAGCUUUCGUCGCUGAGUUCAGCACAAACAAAAGUCGACACCUCUAGUCAUCAUUAA